GGGGAUGUGAACCUGAGACCUACUAUAUAUAGGCAUCAAUUUAACGACUAGGCCAAGUCCUCGUUGAUUCGUUAAAUUCUAUAUAAUGUAGUUGAAUUCUACUAAACCCAAUAGGAAAAAGAAAAAAAAACACAAAAAAGUAAUUCCGAGUAAAGUAGGGAAAACAAGGGGGGUUAGCGAAAAUGGGGUCAUUGCCAUUAGUUGCAGCAUUUCAAACACGAAAUGGGAGGAGGGGUUAUUUCUGGUGCAGAGGAAAUGGGAUAUUGUGGAAUGAUGGGAGGAAUGUGUUAAAUCCGAACACAAGGUUUGAGAUAGAGAGAAGUAGCAGCAACAACAGUUUAGUUCAUAUAAGAAGCACCUUCAACAACAAGUAUUUAGUGUCGGAAAACGGACUCUUCGUCGACGCAAGAGCCGAGAAGCCAGAGGAAAAUACAUCAGUCCAGUUGUGCACUCUUUUCAGGCCAGAGUUGGACCAAACACAAAACGCCUACCGUUUGCGGCAUCUUCAUUCGGGGAUGUACGCCACCUGUUUUGUAACUCAACGGGUCGAAUUACAUACUCUCGCCAAUGGCAAUAUGUUGGGUCCAAAUACUCUUUUGAUGGACGUCAUUGACUGGGGUUCGCUCGUCGUAUUACCGGACAUUAUUGUCUUUAAAGGUGAUAAUGGGAAAUACCUUGGUCCGGCAAAACUUCGAAACCACCCGUCGCAUAUGCCUCCUUUUGGUCUAGAGUUUUCAAAAGAUGAUUUGGGAGAUGGUGACAUCAGGCAGGAGAUUGAGUAUGAGUCUGAUGGAAGCUUUAAGAUCAAAACCCUUUCAAAUGAAGUUUAUGGUUAUUGGAGUACAUCACCAGGAAUUAAUGAUCCAAUCUACAUAGGUCCUCUUGCUAAUUCCCAGUCCUUUACACCCCUCCAAGUCGCCAGUAACGCAAUUUCCCUUCGCAUUGGUCCACCAACAAACGGUACAUUUUGUCGCCGAUCCCCAGAAAACAAUUAUCUGUAUCGCAAUGUCAGGUCCUUAAUGCGAGAGGCCAAUCUCCAAGUUGAAGAGCCUGUCAUUUCUAGAGAAGUUUUCAACGUUAGGUUUCGAUUCAAUGAUGCUCGAAUUUACGAUGAGAUACCCGUAGUCCUCAGGACUGCUCCCUCUACAAACGCGACACAGGAAGAGCAUUUUAACACUGUCACUUUCCGUCAUUCAGAGACUAGGGAAAGUAGUUGGAGAGCUUUAAUUACCUUGGAGUUGGGUGUUACAAUGUCCUUCAGUUCUAGGAUUCCGUUUAUUGGUAGAUUUGGUUUUGAAGUAUCUGCAAAUUUUCAAGGUGAAUAUGAAUGGGGAGAAACCCAUACUGAGAUUGUUGAACAUGAGCAGGAUUACUCUUUUCCUGUACCCCCCAUGACUCAUGUCACAGCAACUCUGCUCGCUACUAGAGGAAAAUCUGAUAUCCCAUUCGACUAUACUGUACGAGACCUUCGAACUGAUGGCACCGUACAUAUUCACGAUGUCUAUGGUGGUGUUUACACUGGUGUUAACAAUUUCAACUUUCACAGUCAUGCUGAGUCUCGCCCAUUAGUCUGAACUCACCUUCCACCAUGCUUUCAACUCUUCACAUGCAUUCCUGCUUUUGAAUAUAAAGUAAUUCAUCGAUCUGCUAUCGUGGUGGUUGUAUAUUGAAUUUGAAUUGCUUCCUUCAUGUAUGCUUUCAGUAAUAAAACUUCCCUGAUUCAGUUUUCAA